AUGCCUAGAACAAAAGGGAAACGACGCAAUCAGAGUGCACAGAGAUCAAACAAACCAAAGAAGAGGAAAACCACAACCGUCAUAGAACAACCGCCCAAACCUGCCGGUCCAACAUUCCUCUCACUCCCUCGAGAAAUCCGCCAGAUGAUAUACGACCUGCUGAUUGAAAAGCGCCUAAUAUCCCUAGCCUACGAUCGCGUCCUCAAUGGACCAGUACAAAUAUUCUUUGCAAAAAAGCCGCCAUGCUUUCUCCUCCCUUCUCCCCAAAUUCUCUCCAUCUGCCAGGACUCCCGUGUAUACGCAUUAUCCAAAGGUUACCGACCCUGGGACCUACGAAACUCCCAAGGAAAGACGCUGAGGAUGAUGUUCAGUCCAGACUUAGAUACCAUCUCAUUCCCCCGCACCGCCUCCCUGGGCGACUUCAACCCCGCCUUCUUCCCGACCGCUUUCCCAGAGGUAACACAGUACAUUAAGAAACUCGCCUUACCCUCCACACACUGGCGCAUCUUCGCGGACGAGAAGGCGGAGGUUCUAGAUCAUAUCAGUCUUCUUCUAUGGCACGUAUUUAAGGGCGUAACGGAUAUCUGGGUCAUGUUUGAGCCGGAUUUUGAGGGAGAUCAUACGGUGCUGAGGAAUCCGAAGGGGUGGUAUGUGCCGAGGGAUAUUCAGAGUGGUAUUGAGAAGGAGAGGGCGAAGUUCCCUUGGAAGAAUAAACUUCUGGGGAAAAAGGCGCCGCAGAUUAGGGUUGUGCUCGAUGAGAGGGAUAUUAUGGAGGGGGCGGAGUGUUGUUUGAUUCUACGCUCUAUGAGGGGGUAUGAUAGUAUCAGGUCGCUGUGUAAGUAUGUGAAGGAUCGGAGGGGGGAUGACGAUUGGUAG